UAACGUAGACUAACUCCAAGUCGCGAGAUUCUACGUUACAUAAAACCAAAAGACUUCAUUCUCCUCUCUCAGAAUUCAAUUCGAAUUUUGAUUUCAUCAAUCCCAAUUCUCUCGCCGGAGAAGUAACAGAGAGCUGCUUCAAUGGCUUCUAACUCAUUACUACGUUCUUCAAAUUUCUUAGGAUCCCAUAUCAUAAUCUCUUCUCCCACCCCUAAAACCACCAGGAACCCCUCGCUCCCUUUUCCCUUUGCCACCCGCGCAAAAUAUCAAAUCCCUCGAUCGUCUCUUCGGGAUGAAGACAACAAUUCGCCAAAUGCUAAACCCAAUUCGCCGUUUUCGUCGAAAGUAGCUUUAGCAGCUAUUCUGUUUUCCUCGAUGUCAUCAUCUUCGCCUCCGCGAGCUUUAGCUGUAGUGGACGAACCACCUUCUCCAUCUGUCGUUGUUGAAGCUCAAGCAGUGAAGCCAUCGACGUCGCCGUUGUUUAUUCAGAACGAGAUACUUAAGGCUCCUAGUCCUAAAUCAUCUGAUCUUCCAGAAGGAUCUCAGUGGCGAUACAGCGAGUUUCUUAAUGCUGUGAAGAAAGGUAAAGUGGAGAGAGUUAGAUUCAGCAAAGACGGUUCUGUUCUUCAGCUUACUGCCGUUGAUAACCGCCGUGCCUCUGUGAUUGUUCCCAAUGACCCUGACCUCAUUGAUAUCUUGGCUAUGAACGGAGUUGAUAUAUCUGUGUCUGAGGGAGAAUCCACUGGCAACGACUUGUUCACUGUCAUUGGAAACUUGAUUUUCCCGAUUUUGGCCUUUGGUGGACUCUUCCUGCUUUUCAGGCGAGCUCAGGGUGGUCCUGGUGGUGGCCCUGGUGGCUUGGGUGGUCCUAUGGAUUUCGGACGUUCUAAAUCCAAGUUCCAGGAAGUGCCUGAGACUGGUGUGUCAUUUGCAGAUGUUGCUGGGGCUGAUCAAGCUAAGCUGGAAUUACAGGAAGUUGUGGAUUUCUUGAAGAAUCCUGAUAAGUACACAGCCUUGGGUGCCAAGAUUCCUAAAGGGUGUUUGCUUGUUGGACCGCCUGGUACGGGUAAGACCCUCUUGGCCAGGGCUGUAGCUGGGGAAGCAGGAGUACCGUUCUUCUCUUGCGCGGCCUCAGAGUUUGUGGAGCUUUUCGUGGGUGUGGGUGCAUCUAGAGUUAGGGAUUUGUUCGAGAAGGCUAAGUCGAAAGCCCCUUGUAUUGUAUUCAUUGAUGAGAUUGACGCUGUGGGGAGGCAGAGAGGAGCUGGGAUGGGAGGAGGAAAUGAUGAGAGAGAACAGACCAUUAAUCAGUUGUUGACAGAGAUGGAUGGAUUUUCUGGCAACUCUGGUGUGAUAGUUUUGGCAGCUACGAAUAGGCCAGAUGUUCUUGAUUCUGCUCUGUUAAGGCCUGGAAGGUUUGAUCGACAGGUCACGGUGGAUAGGCCUGAUGUAGCUGGCAGAGUCAAGAUUCUUCAGGUUCAUUCAAGGGGGAAGGCACUCGGUAAAGAUGUAGACUUUGACAAGGUUGCGAGGAGGACCCCUGGUUUCACGGGUGCUGACUUACAGAACCUGAUGAACGAAGCAGCGAUUCUCGCAGCCAGGCGUGAGCUUAAGGAAAUAAGCAAGGACGAAAUCUCUGAUGCUCUUGAGAGAAUCAUUGCUGGACCUGAGAAGAAGAAUGCAGUUGUCUCUGAUGAGAAGAAGAGACUUGUUGCAUACCAUGAGGCUGGUCAUGCUCUAGUGGGUGCUCUUAUGCCGGAAUAUGAUCCGGUUGCCAAGAUUUCUAUCAUUCCUCGUGGCCAAGCUGGUGGGCUCACCUUUUUUGCUCCAAGUGAAGAAAGACUUGAGUCUGGAUUGUACAGCAGGAGUUACCUCGAGAAUCAAAUGGCUGUAGCACUUGGCGGAAGGGUUGCAGAGGAGGUGAUCUUUGGCGAUGAGAAUGUGACGACUGGAGCAUCAAAUGAUUUCAUGCAGGUGUCUCGUGUGGCACGUCAAAUGAUUGAGAGAUUUGGGUUCAGCAAAAAGAUUGGACAAGUUGCUGUUGGUGGCCCUGGUGGAAAUCCCUUUAUGGGUCAACAAAUGUCAUCACAGAAAGAUUACUCAAUGGCAACUGCAGAUAUCGUAGAUGCCGAGGUGAGAGAGCUUGUUGAGAAGGCAUACAAGAGAGCAACGGAGAUCAUAACAACUCAUAUUGAUAUCCUACACAAGCUUGCACAGCUCCUGAUCGAGAAAGAGACUGUUGAUGGAGAAGAAUUUAUGAGUCUCUUUAUUGAUGGCCAAGCUGAGUUGUAUAUUUCUUGAUUCCUCAAAGUGGCCAUCGCUUACAGUACCAUUAGCUAAUAACGUCUAUUUGUGUUCAUAUGUGUCACAGAUUUAGCAUAUCCUGUUCAGUACAUUUGUGUAUAUGUCUUUUUUUCAGUCCAUAUACUUUUAGUGUAAUAUAUGAGCAUGUUCAGUU